AGCCGCGCGCCGGCCGCCCGCGCGCCGGCCGCCCGUUGCCCUGGCAACCGUCGUGCCGCGUCUUCCUGAGGGAGCUCCUGUCAGCCCACUGAUCCCACCACCCGCUCCCUACUGCCCUGCGGUCUUCGCGUGGGCUCGCAGACUGAGGGACAACAAAAAUGGCGGAGGGGAGUCAGACGGCGCCUGAGGCAGGCAACGAUAUGGGAAAUGAUGAUGCCAUCGGAGGGAAUGUGAGCAAAUAUAUAGUGCUUCCAACUGGAUAUUGUGGACAGCCCAAGAAAGGACAUCUUCUUUUUGAUGCUUGCUUUGAAAGUGGUAACCUGGGCCGGGUGGACCAGGUCUCUGAGUUUGAGUAUGAUCUGUUCAUUAGGCCGGACACCUGUAAUCCACGAUUCCGAGUCUGGUUCAACUUUACUGUUGAAAAUGUGAAAGAAUCACAGGUGAGGGAAAUAGUGGAUACCUUGAGAGUGGUUUUGAGGGUCAUUUUCAACAUUGUUAACUUCAGUAAAACCAAGAGUCUCUAUAGAGAUGGGAUGGCCCCUAUGGUGAAAUCUACCAGCAGACCAAAAUGGCAAAGGCUGCCACCCAAAAAUGUUUACUACUACCGCUGCCCAGACCAUAGGAAGAACUAUGUGAUGUCCUUUGCCUUUUGUUUUGACCGAGAAGAAGAUACUUACCAGUUUGCUUACUGCUACCCAUAUACAUACACUCGCUUCCAACAUUACCUUGACAGCCUGCAAAAGAGAAACAUGGAUUACUUCUUUCGGGAGCAGCUGGGCCAGAGUGUGCAACAACGACAGCUUGACCUCCUGACGAUAACCAGCCCUGACAAUCUCCGGGAAGGGGCAGAGCAGAAGGUGGUAUUCAUCACAGGUCGAGUUCACCCAGGGGAAACACCCUCAUCAUUCGUGUGCCAAGGGAUCAUUGACUUCCUCGUAAGCCAGCAUCCUAUUGCCCGUGUCCUCCGAGAAUACCUGGUCUUCAAGAUCGCACCAAUGCUCAAUCCUGAUGGAGUCUACCUGGGCAAUUACAGGUGUUCUCUGAUGGGGUUUGAUCUGAAUCGUCACUGGCUGGAUCCCUCUCCAUGGGUCCACCCUACCCUGCAUGGAGUGAAACAACUCAUCGUCCAGAUGUACAACGACCCAAAAACAAGCCUGGAGUUUUAUAUUGACAUCCACGCCCACUCCACCAUGAUGAAUGGCUUCAUGUACGGCAACAUCUUUGAGGAUGAGGAACGGUUCCAGAGGCAGGCCAUUUUUCCCAAGCUCCUCUGCCAGAAUGCUGAGGACUUCUCCUAUUCCAGCACAUCCUUUAACCGGGACGCUGUGAAAGCAGGAACUGGCCGUCGCUUCCUCGGUGGACUCCUGGACCACACUUCCUAUUGCUACACCCUAGAGGUCUCCUUCUACAGCUACAUCAUCAGUGGCACCACAGCUGCUGUGCCCUACACUGAAGAAGCCUAUAUGAAGCUGGGGCGGAAUGUAGCACGAACCUUUUUGGACUAUUAUCGGCUGAAUCCCAUGGUUGAAAAGGUGGCAAUUCCCAUGCCGAGACUGCGAAAUAAAGAAAUAGAGGUCCAGAGAAGGAAAGAAAAAUCCCCUCCUUACAAGCACCCACUCCUGCGGGGCCCAGCCAGCAACUACUCCAACGGCAAAGGGGACAAGAAAUGCUCAGUGAACCACAAAGACCCUUCAACCCCUUUUUAAAGACACGGAGUCCUGGGAGGUCUUAUGGGGACAGGAACGUGCAUUUUCUGCUGGGGAAUGAAAUUAAUCACUCUUCUCUAGCUUCCAAGGAUUUGUGGAUUAAUGCAUAGGCUAGUGAAAGGGAAGGGAUACAAUGAGAAACUUCAUCAUUGGUUUUCCCUUUUUCCAAUGGAAAAUCAAUUGUAAGCCUUCAGCUCAAAAAGCUCAGGAACAAAAUAGGAGACUGGAACCAGGUGAGCACAGAUGCUAUUUUCUACAACAUAGAGAUCUUCCAAGAUGGGGAAAACCUACACAUCCCUUUUAAGAUACUUGCCACAUAUCAGGUCAGUUCUUUCAAAGCCGCUUUACAUUUUUAAGUUUUAUAGUUACUGCAGAUGGUUACCUUUUAAAUGGGCUUGAUUGUUUACAGCUUUAGAAAUGCAGUGUUUGUAUUUUCUGAUCCAAAACAACAGCAACAACACAUGCAGCCCAAGGGCAAAUGCAUCCUAGGGAACAAUGGGACAGAAUUUUUGAAAUCACAGUGGACUUAAAUAUAUGGUCACUGUAUCUAAGCUGCAUGCUUCCUGAUUCCCUCAAACCCCAGCAUGCAGAUUUAGAAAACUGUGCUGAGAGCUUUUUCCCUAUUUCCUGGGUAGUUUAAUUAAAAUUUUAGCUCCAAAGACAAAACGCACUGGUCCUUCAUUUUAAAAGGUUUAUUAUGGUUAAAGUCUCCAGAUCCCAGGAGACAGAGAUUAAGCCUGGCCCCUGAAGAUGUGGGCAUUGCUAAUCUGCAGUGAGGAAAGUGAUUGCCAGGCAAGGAAGAUGCAAAAGACACAAGGAUGCACCCUGAGGCAGGGAGGAAUGAUAAAAUAAAAUGGUAGUAGCAAUUCCCAAGGUGUGGCAAGCUAAAUAUUGUGCAUUUUUUGUGAAGAGUAAAGUGUCUUUGUAUGAUGAAUGGGUCCAGGGGAGUCUGCUCCCUUCCUGUCUGUGGAAACAGCAGGCUGAGUCACCAUGACAGCCUGCUAAUUAAAAUGACCUCCCGGAAAUGAGGAUUAGAAGACAGGGAGAGGCAGGGAGGCUCCAGAGAGGAAAAGCCCUUAGCACAAAGCUCCACUAAAGCAUUUUUUGUUUGUUUGGGUUGGAGAUUAUUGAAGUUUGCUACAAAAAUCAAAAGCAAAACUUGUUCUCCUUUGCAUGCUGGUUUUCAGAAAUAAUAACAAAGAGCCAUAUGUUGAUUGGCUACAAAUGUCAUGUUGCAUAUACAGCCUCUCCCCUGGGUUCGUUUUGCCCAUAGGAACACAAAUAAAGUGUUUUGUGCA